GGUGGCCUGUAGAUGAUGUGGAGGCCAAUUGACUUCUUCUUCUCAACCAUUCAUGGUGACUGACAAGUCAUGAUAAUUUUUUAUAAAACAAAUAGUUUUUCGCAAUGGACGAUUCGUUUUUCGGAUUUGAUACAACUACAGGCAUACCGGAUGACGAUGGGCAAAUUGCAGAGCCCCCGGAAGAAGAGUAUGACGCCCUUAACGAUGAAACAUUUGGCUCGGCGAUAAACGGCGACUGGGAGGAAGCCCACGAAACGCUCGUCCGACUCGGCGGCAAUGGCGAAAAAAUUCGGAAAGGUGCUGAUUUUACAGACCACAACCAGAGUGGCAGUGGCAAUGGAACAUUUUAUAAUCAGAAUCAGCACCUGCGUGGCAUUCAGAGCCAGGCCGGCAACCUCGACGACUCGGACUUGGAAUUAAAUUUAUCAACUAUGAAAUUGGAUGAUGUUGACUUGAGUACGUUCGGUGAAAGCGAUGCAAACAACCGCUUCAACUGGGAUUCUAUUGUUUGGGGGUCCAAGUCGUCGCUUCCAAUGCCCGGCAAUCAGCAGCUUUUUCGAGAUAACUUUCGCAGCGCAUUCAAGUCGCAGACUUCAGCCGCACCCAUUGGUCCAUCAAUAAGGCCAAUGCCGGAGUCGAAUGCUAAUUUUGGAUUGCCACCAAUGCCAGCAACAGCGUCGGCAAAAAUCUCGACACUCGAGGACAUUGAACGGAAUCUGAUCAUUCAGCAGGCAAUACCAAAGCCGCAGCAGCAGACGCAACCUCUGAACCAGCAGGAUUUUAAUCUGACUAAUCGGCAGCAUGCAGUGGUAACACCAACAAUAUCCCAACACCAGCAACAACAGCUACAAAAGCCGCCGCCACAACAUAAAGUGCCCCCUGGGUUUAUGGCAACUCCCCAAACACCACCACCAAGGCCAAAUUUGGGAUUUCAUGGUCCACAUGCGUUGGCCGGCGCGGGACCAGUUCCUGGGUUAAUGCCGACGCCGCAGUCGCAGCCGCAACACCAACAGCACCAACAGUUAAACGGGCUAAGUGGCAAUCGCGUGCCACCUGGUUUCAUAUAUCCGACUGGACUGGCACCGAACCAUCCGCUGCCGCAGCACCCUCUGCCGCAGCACCCUCUGCCGCAACACGCGCUGCUGCAGCAGCACGCUGGCUUGACGCCGAGUUUUCCACGACCACUGCCAAAUCCACAUUUGCCCACGGCGCUGAACAACUUUGCCAUGCAUCCGAGCUUUAAUGCAAUGCGCGUUGGCAUGCAUCCGGCGGCCUUUAUGCAGCCUGUGCCGCCGCCUCGUCUGCCUCCACAUAACUUGCUGAAUCAGCAACCCAACUCCAUGUACAACAUGUUCAACAUGCGUCUUGUCCAAGAAAUCCAACAGAAUCAUCCGCUGCUGCAAAAUGCAGCAGUUGCACGUCAACAGCAACAGCAACAAACUCGCGUCGGCGGCGAUCGCCAGAAACAGCAACAGCAACAGCUGCCCCAACAACUGCAGCAGCAACAAAUGCAACUGCAACUGCAACAGCAGCAGCUACAACUACAGCAGCAACAACAACAGCAACUUAAUCGUCAUGGCGGUAAUCUUCCUCAUGAGGAGUUCGACGAGUACGCGAAUCUGAUGAGCACACGCGACAAACAUUGGCUUAUCGGCAUCCAGCUAUCACAGUUGAAUACGGACACGCCGUACAUUGACGAUUAUUAUUACACGGUGCACAAGGAGCGCAAGACCGGUCAGGUGCGUCACAGUCAGGCGCACAAGGACAACCAGUUGAACCAUCCAUUGACGCAGCCGCGUGGACAUGCCCAGCUCAUAUUGGUUCAAUUGGGCAACAAGAAUGGCUCACGCAACGGCCAACAGCAUCGGGAGCGACGAAAUUCGGAGAACACAAGUAGCAGCAAUGCCAGUGGAACUACAAAUAGCGGCAACAAUACCAACACUUUGCCUGGCUACAUAUUUUCACCCUUGAAGUUUGAGAAUUCGCUCGGCAAGUUGCAGUACGGAAGUGUUACGGCACCGCGUAAGAUUAUUGAUGCCGACAUUAUGGGUAGCGAUAUGAGUCCGGUUGAUAAUAAUACCUCAUCAUCCACAUCCGCUGCUGGGUCCCAAAGUGCUGAUAAAAGCAUUGAUUGCACCAACGAGGUAAUCCUAGCACCGAGCAACAUGCGAAAAUCGCGACACAUUCUGUUGCAUAUAGAGACCCUAUAUCGAUAUCUGCUUAAGCUUGAGGAUCUCGAGAGUCCCGAAGUGAUGUCAACCAUUCUCCUAAAGAAAAAGAAAGAAAGCGAACGCAUUGCCGCUCUGGAGCAGCUGGAAAUGGCUCACAAAACGCCAGAAGAACGCGCUGCCGAGGCAAAUAAUCCGCAAACCAUGAAUCCAGCCCUCAAAAAUAAAUUCAACUAUGAAAUCGAGGCGCGUCCUGUUCUGGUGGGCAAAUUAAAGUCCGGCCUCACAUUCAACAAAGUCGUGUCCAUGAUGAGCGUGCGCAAGGGAAAGAUACUUUUACGGCGUAUUAUGCCCUUUAUUGCUGAUCAGAGCAUACGCUGGGCAGUUUGGACUGGCGUCUUCUGUUCUCUGCAGAGUGUCGUUAAGAAAGAUCGUGACGAUGUGGAGGGUGCACUGUACGCACUCUAUCCGGAGUUCAAGAAGCACAUACAUGAGGCGAACUUCGAGACAAUUAUCAAUAUUUCAGCUGCUUUCAUACUGAACGACAAAAAGAUGUCGGGAAUCUUCUGUAGUCGCUUUGGCAUUCUAUCGCUUGUCGGAUUAAUAUUACGCGCAGAAGCUAUUUACAUGUCCAACAAUGACUCGACGCUUAGCGAGGAUAAUCGACAGAAAUGGCGUGAGUUUCUAACACAGGUCGCUUCCUGCCUUAAUCGCACCAUACAGAACCAGACCAUCUCGGCGGCAAUUGAGUCUGAUGCUAUUCAGCCAAUGAUGAAUCAUUUUGCGCGUUUCAAAGACUUGAAACUGGAUGCACUUUUGGCUUUAAUAACGGAGGCCAAACAUCAAAUAAAUUAAUUGAAGGCAUUAAUUUGAUUUCAAUUACGUUUCUAAUUAGAACUCCACAUAGCCCAUUGUAUGAUUUCUGUCAUUAUCAUUAAUGUUGGGUUAUUCAGCAGUAAAUAUUAUGUAUCUGUAUACUUAUACGUUCGUGUUGUUGUGUUUAAAAAUAUUUACAUUUAUAUAUAUAUAACACGCGCACAAUCUGUAAAAGAAAUUCAUGCAUACAACACACAAGUACACGCAUACAUAUAUACAUAUACUUAUGCAAAACAAAUAUAAAGUACUCAUAAGAAGAUUAAACAUGUAAACAGAUGCAGGAAACUUUCUUUUUCAUCCAUAGUAAUGUGCACUUAAAAAAUGAAAACAACUAUCAUGAAUAUUUGUUAUGGCAUCGAAAUAUUUGCUCAUUGUAUAUAUGCCAUACUGUAUUUAAUAAGACAGACUUGUCCACAUGUAUCUUCUACUAAAGCUUAACAAUUGUGCUGUUUUCUCUUUGAUUUUAAUUUGUUCUCUUGGUUGAUUUCAAUUACUUUAUGAUUAUCCAAUUUUAUCUUAAAAACCGGGCUUUAUUAAGUACAUUUGUCAGUAAUAUAUAAGAAUAAAAUAUAAUUCAUUACGCAAUAAUCGUAAAUUAUGAAAUCUCUAAAACACACACCAUUUUAUGUAUAUGUUGAUUGGAACUUCUGAUUAUGAUUUGCGUAAUUUUUUAUUUCGAAUUCUUAGACAAAUAUAGGAAGCUUACUUUCCUAGAAUAUUUUUUUACGAUAGUUUGUAAUUAUCAGGCCUUUAUAAUUGCUUCGGCUAUGUGGGAAUAUUGAAUUCAAAUUUAUGUGAAAGCCUAUAAACACAAAUAAUUAUCUAAGCAUCCCAUAAGCAAUCUAAUACAAAAAAAAAAUAUUCAAAAUUGUGAUACAUUUUGUCUAUUUUAAACAAAACCGAUUAGUAAAAAGUGCACAUGAAAUGGCAAAUACGAUAACCUUUAUAAACUAAUUUCGGUUUUAUAGAUUAAAGACAAAAAGCGACGGAUAAAUAUUUGUUUUCAAUAUCCGUGGUCUUUGUAAUUGGGAAUUUUUUAUUAAUUAAUAUCAUCUAUGUUUUCUAUCGUAUCUGUAUCAUCGUAAAAAUUCUUAAUUUGUCUGUUGUUUUUAAAUUGUUUUAAGUUUCAAUUAACUUUUUUUUCGCAACCUCAUACUUAACAUUUGUAGCCUAUUUUUUGCAGAAUCACAUGAAAAAGUCACGAUUUUUACACAAUCAAAUAAAAGUUAAAAUAGGAUAGACCUUUAAGCGAAGAGAUUGCAUAUACUACAACAAUUAUGGUAUAUGUUGUGUAUAUGUACUUAUAUUUAGAGCACUUAAAUUUUUUCUAUACUGCAUAAUUUUUGUUUAGUGUUUAUAAAAGCAAACAAAAAAAAAAGAAAAUCCAAACAAAUAUUGUAUUUGACUUGGAGGAAUAAUAAACAGCAACCAAUUCACAGGCGACACAUAAUAAAAUCUUAUUUCUAUCAAA